CCUGCUGCCCUCCAGGCCCGACGCUGGCAGGAAGUAGAAGGCUUCGUCGUCGUCGUCUCCUGUGCCCCUCGCCCUCAUCAUGUCUUCGACUCCGGGCAAUGGGGAGCACUGGAAAUCCCUGGAGUCGGUGGGCAUCAGCCGCAAAGAGCUGGCUAUGGCUGAAGCCCUGCAGAUGGAGUAUGACGCUCUUUCCCGGCUCCGACAUCACAAGGAGGAGAGCAGGGCCAAGCAAAACACAGAGCCCUCUCUUAUCAGCUGGGAUGAGCCAGCCUUGGACUUCUACAGCAAGCCAGCAGGCAGGCGGACAGAGCUCAAGCUCUUGCGUGGUCUUUCUGGCUCUGAUCCCACCCUAAAUUACAACUCCAUCUCCCCACCAGAAGAGCUCCCCAACUCUACCUCCCAGGAUCCACGGCCUGGCACAGAUCCCUGGCCCAAGGCCUCCCAGUCUGGAGACUAUCUCUAUAUUUUUGAUGGCUCAGAUGGGAGAUGCUCUCUGUCUCCAGUAUCAGGUGACACAGAUGGCUCUUGCAAGAAACUGUCCCCACCUCCUCUCCCUCCUCGGGUCUCUAUCUGGGAUGCCCCUCCCUUGCCUCCUAGGAAGGGAUCUCCCUCACCCUCCAAGAUCUCUCAGCCUGAUGACAUCAACAGUUUCUCUUUGGUGGAACAGCCAUCUGACAAACUGCUAGGGGCCCAGGACCCAGGAGAGGGAGAGCUACCCGAUGGUGGGGGACAGCGACACGUGCUGGGGUCCGUGGACUACGACGGCAUCAACGAUGCGAUCACGAGGCUCAACUUGAAGUCCACUUACGAUUCGGAGAUAUUGUCUGACGCUACCAGGGGCUGGAAGGAGGGCCGAGGACCCCUGGACUUAAGCAAGGACACCUCUGGGAAACCUGUGGCCCGGAGUAAGACGAUGCCCCCUCAGGUGCCCCCUCGAACCUAUACGCCCCGAUAUGCCAACCGAAAAAACGCAACACCGGGCAAGAACCGCCGGAUUUCUGCCGCUCCGGUGAGCUCUCGGCCCCACACUGUCACCAAUGGCCAUGAAUUGUUUGAGGUCUCAGAGGAGAGAGAUGAGGAAGUUGCUGCGUUCUGCCACAUGCUGGAUAUCCUGCGCACGGGCUCUGAUACCCAGGACUACUCCCUCACUGGGUGUGUCUGGAGCACUGUCACCCCUAGCCCAGAGCACCUUGGGGACGAGGUCAACCUGAAGGUGACUGUGUUGUGUGACAGUCUUCGGGAGCCACUCACCUUUACCUGCAACUGUUCCUCCACCGUGGACUUGCUCAUUUACCAGACCCUCUGCUACACCCACGACGAGCUGAGGGAGGUGGAUGUGGGCGACUUCGUGCUCAAGCCCUGUGGGCUGGAGGAAUUCCUGCAAAAUAAGCACGCCUUGGGAAGCCAUGAGUAUAUCCAACACUGCCGCAAGUUUGACAUCAACAUCCGACUGCAGCUGAUGGAGCAGAAGGCUAUCCGGAGCGACCUGGCCCGGACGGUGAAUGAUGACCAGAGCCCUUCCACCUUGAACUACCUCAUCCAUCUUCAAGAGCGGCCAGUCAAGCAGACCAUCAGCAGGCAGGCCUUGAGUCUUCUGUUUGACACUUACCACAAUGAGGUGGAUGCCUUCCUACUGGCUGAAGGGGAUUUCCCACUGAAGGCUGACAGGGUGGUCCAGUCUGUGAAGGCCAUCUGCAAUGCUCUGGCUGCUGUGGAGACUCCUGAGAUCACGAGCGCUCUCAACCAGCUGCCUCCCUGCCCGUCACGCAUGCAGCCGAAAAUCCAGAAGAAGGUGGUAGAAGCCUUGACAGCAGCCAUCUUGGACUUGGUGGAGCUGUACUGCAGCACAUUCAAUGCAGACUUCCAGACGGCCGUACCUGGGAGCCGAAAGCAUGAUUUGGUUCAAGAGGCCUGCCACUUCUCUGGGGCCCUGGCCUUCACUGUCUAUGGCACUCAUCGUAUUCCCAUCAUCUGGGCUACCAGCUAUGAAGAGUUCUACCUCUCCUGCUCCCUCAGCCACGGUGGCAAGGAACUUUGCAGCCCCCUGCAGACCCGGCGGGCUCACUUCUCCAAGUACCUGUUCCACCUCAUCAUCUGGGACCAGCAGAUCUGCUUUCCGGUGCAGGUGAACAGGCUGCCUCGGGAGACCCUGCUGUGUGCCACACUCUAUGCCCUGCCCAUUCCCCCUCCCGGGAGUUCCUCCGAAGCCAAUAAGCAAAAGCGGGUGCCUGAAGCUCUGGGUUGGGUCACUACCCCCCUCUUCAACUUCAGGCAAGUCUUGACCUGUGGCCGAAAGCUUCUGGGCUUGUGGCCAGCAACACAGGAGAACUCCAGUGCCCGUUGGAGUGCACCAAAUUUCCACCAGCCAGACAGUGUCAUCCUGCAGAUUGACUUCCCCACCUCGGCCUUUGACAUCAAGUUCACCAGCCCCCCUGGAGACAAGUUCAGCCCCCGCUAUGAGUUUGGCAGUCUCCGGGAGGAGGACCAGCGCAAACUUAAAGACAUUACGCAGAAGGAGUCCCUUUACUGGCUCUCUGAUGCCGACAAGAAGCAACUGUGGGAGAAGCGCUAUUACUGCCACACUGAGGUGAGCUCGCUCCCCUUGGUGCUCGCCAGUGCACCCAGCUGGGAGUGGGCUUGCCUGCCGGACAUCUAUGCUCUCCUGCAACAGUGGACUCACAUGAACCACCAGGAUGCCCUGGGACUCCUGCAUGCCACCUUCCCGGACCAGGAGGUGCGGCGCAUGGCCGUGCAGUGGAUCGGUUCCCUCUCGGAUGCUGAGCUGUUGGACUACCUGCCCCAGCUAGUACAGGCCCUGAAGUACGAGUGCUACCUGGAUAGCCCCUUGGUGCGCUUUCUCCUGAAGCGAGCCAUCUCUGACCUGCGAGUGACCCACUACUUCUUCUGGUUACUGAAGGACAGCCUCAAGGACUCCCAGUUCAGCAUCCGUUACCAAUACCUGCUAGCAGCCCUGCUUUGCUGCUGUGGCAAGGGACUGAGGGAGGAGUUUAACCGCCAGUGCUGGCUUGUCAAUACCCUGGCCAAACUGGCCCAGCAGGUCCGAGAGGCCACCCCGUCUGCACGCCAGGGCAUCCUUCGUGCGGGCUUGGAGGAGGUGAGGCAGUUCUUUGCCCUCAAUGGUUCGUGCCGUCUUCCGCUUAGCCCCAGUCUGCUGGUGAAGGGCAUCGUGCCCAGGGACUGUUCCUACUUCAACUCCAAUGCUGUCCCCCUCAAGCUUGCCUUCCAAAAUGUGGAUCCACUGGGAGAGAAUAUCAGAGUCAUCUUCAAGUGUGGAGAUGACCUUCGCCAGGACAUGCUCACCCUGCAGAUGAUUCGCAUCAUGAGCAAGAUCUGGGUGCAGGAGGGGCUGGAUAUGCGCAUGGUCAUUUUCCGCUGCUUCUCCACUGGCCGAGGAAAAGGGAUGGUGGAGAUGAUACCCAAUGCCGAGACACUGCGUAAGAUCCAGGUGGAGCAUGGGGUGACCGGUUCCUUCAAGGACCGCCCCCUGGCUGACUGGCUUCAGAAGCACAACCCUGGGGAGGAUGAAUAUGAAAAGGCUGUGGAGAACUUCAUCUAUUCUUGUGCCGGCUGCUGUGUGGCUACAUACAUCUUGGGCAUCUGUGACAGACACAAUGACAACAUCAUGCUGAAGACCACGGGCCACAUGUUCCAUAUAGACUUCGGCCGCUUCCUGGGCCACGCGCAGAUGUUCGGUAAUAUCAAGAGGGACCGCGCCCCGUUUGUCUUCACCUCAGACAUGGCGUAUGUCAUCAACGGGGGUGACAAGCCUUCCAGCCGCUUCCAUGAUUUUGUUGACCUUUGCUGCCAAGCCUACAACCUCAUUCGCAAGCACACCCAUCUCUUCCUCAACCUCCUGGGCCUGAUGUUGUCCUGUGGAAUCCCCGAGCUCUCGGACCUGGAGGACCUCAAGUAUGUGUAUGAUGCCCUGAGACCUCAGGACACGGAGGCCAAUGCCACUACCUACUUCACAAGGUUGAUUGAGUCCAGCUUGGGCAGCGUAGCUACGAAACUCAACUUUUUCAUCCACAACCUGGCUCAGAUGAAGUUCACAGGCUCAGACGACCGGCUCACCCUCUCCUUUGCCCCCCGAACACAUACUCUCAAGAGCUCUGGCCGCAUCCGCGAUGUCUUUCUCUGCCGACACGAGAAGGUCUUCCACCCCAGCAAGGGCUAUAUCUAUGUGGUGAAGGUGAUGCGAGAGAAUGCUCACGAGGCAACCUACAUCCAGAGGACGUUCGAGGAGUUCCAGGAACUGCACAAUAAGCUGCGCCUGCUCUUCCCUUCCUCCUUCCUGCCCAGCUUCCCUAGUCGGUUUGUGAUUGGCCGCUCCCGGGGAGAGGCAGUGGCUGAGAGGCGGAAGGAGGAGCUAAAUGGCUACAUCUGGCACUUGAUUCAUGCAGCCCCUGAAGUGGCUGAGUGUGACCUGGUAUAUACUUUCUUCCAUCCUCUGCCCCGCGAUGAGAAGGCUUCAGGCCCUAGCCCAGCCCCGAAGUCAUCAGAUGGGACGUGGGCCCGGCCGGUUGGGAAGGUCGGUGGGGAGGUGAAGCUGUCCAUUUCCUACAAAAACAACAAACUCUUCAUCAUGGUGAUGCAUAUUCGGGGCUUGCAACCGCUCCAGGAUGGCAGUGACCCUGACCCCUAUGUAAAGAUUUACCUCCUUCCUGACCCUCAGAAAACCACAAAGAGGAAAACCAAAGUAGCCCGAAAAACCUGCAACCCUACCUACAAUGAGAUGUUGGUGUAUGAUGGGAUUCCCAAGGGAGACCUACAACAGCGGGAGCUCCAGUUGAGUGUGCUAAGUGAGCAAGGAUUUUGGGAGAACGUGCUUCUCGGGGAGGUGCACAUCCGCCUUCGGGAGCUGGACCUGGCCCAGGAGAAGACCGGCUGGUUUGCACUGGGAUCUCGAGGUCAUGGAACCUUAUGAACCCACUUAUGGCCCAGACCUGUGGCUGCUGCCCAGAGCUGGGGGAGAAGCCUCUCCCUCACCUAACUCCUUUGCUAGGACGGGGUAGAGCUCUCGGUGGCCUUCCCCACGGUCCGAGUGGACCUGACCUGGGUGUUGGGGCUGGAAGAGUCAAGUGCUGUCCGCUGCCCCUUCCCCCUGCAGACGGCACCGGGGUUGGCUGUGACGAACAGCCCCUUGGAAGCUGUGGGCUUGCAGCCGAGUUUUAUGUUUACCUUGUGUCAAGGGAGCAAUGCCUGCUCUGGGGUGUGUGGAGUGCGGGCAAUAUGAAGUAGCACUUAGAGAGGGAGGGUGGGUGGAUAUUUUAUUUUUAUUUUUAAAAAAUGAAAUAGUAAUGUUGUCCUAACUGGGACAGGAAGGUUUGUGUGAGAGGAGCAUGCUGUGCCUCAGAAGGCAAAAGAGAAAGACUGAUUUUUUUUUUUUUUUUGUAUGAUGAAAGUUCUUAUUGGACUUUUUCUCCAGGAUUUUGGGGGUUUUCUUUUCUAGCUAUAGGAAAUAUUGGGGAGGGCCCUGGUGGGUCCUCGGUGAAGCCCUCCCUCUCUCAGGCAGACUGGGGAGGAGUAGGGAGGACUAACCGACUGCCGGACUGACGCUCACUCUGGGCCAUCCGAUUUUGCCUCCAAAGGAGUGCAUCGUGAUAACUACGUGUGUAAGGAAGGGCCUUCCAUAGUAGGGUUCCGCCAAGGACCUAUAUUCAGGGACCCAUGCUCUUUAGGGCAAAGGAUUUCCUCCUCUCUUCCCCUGCUGCUUGGACUCUGUGCGAGCACCUUCCUUUCCCCUUCCCCACUCUGUUCUCUCAGCCCUCUGUGGGUCACCCAGUCCUGGUGACUACACUGGGGUGCUUCUAUGCCCCAUCUUGUUCGAUGGGACAAAAUGCUGCCAACCCUUAGCUCGGGGCCAUGCCUAUAGAGGCACCGUGCCAUUUGCUGCAGUUUCUGGGAACUGUCCCCCGAGACCGUCUACUACUUUCUCUUCCAAACCCUGUUUCUGUCACACUUUAAAAAGAGCUUCAU